AUGUCAAAAUUUGGGAGAAGGACUUGGGACAGAGAAGAAUAUGCACAGCUUGCGUCAGAAACAUCCAAUAACAGUUCAGCUAUAACUGCCUCAUUAUCACCAACUCAGGUAGAUGAUUUAAAGCAAAAAUAUACAAACUAUGAUUUUUUACUAAAGAAUUCAAUAGCAGAUUUAAAUAAAAAAAUAUUAACAACUGGGUUAUCCUCAUUUAAAAAAGGAAAACAAUUUGGGUUCUAUUGUGAAUUAUGUGACUUAACUUUUAAAGACAAUUUACAGUAUAUCGAUCAUCUAAAUCAUAAAACCCACAAUAUUAAAUUUGAACUUCUUUUCGAAGAACCUUUAGUUCUUGAUCUUAGAGAUAAUGAGGAUAUUGAAAGAAAUGAAUUUGAAAUUGCAUAUAAUUAUCUUAUAAAGAGCUUUGUCAAAAGGAAUAAGAAAAGUGCACAUAGUUCAGUUAAAAAAAAGUUAACAAAAAAUCCAAUAAAAAGAUCGUAA